CGGAUAAAGCAAGUAAAACAUCGCGAGAGAGAAUUACGUCGCACACGCGACACACAAUGCUCCCCGGCGAUUAUCCAUAUGUAUACAACACUCGCGCGAAUGAACAUACGUGUAAGUCCUGCGCGGGGCGCUAGUGUGCAAAAGCUGUUUUAACACGAACCGCCGUUCGCUCAGACAGUUAACGAUCGGCCACGCGCCGAGCUGGACUUUUCUCGAGCGAACGAACGUUUUUCCACGGUCGAGUUUUCCUCCUCAUUCGAUAGCUGUUUACCGGCAGAUUAGACCACGACGUCCACUGCUCUACUGCUGUGUUUGCUGAGAUAAAGAGAAAGAGAGAGUGAGAAUCGAAGGAGAUACAGCCGGUGCAUGAGGAUGAGGUCGAUCGCCGCGAUUCUGCUCUCUGCAUUUCUCCUUGCCUCGUACGAGGGACAGAUGGCCGGUGCAGACGACUGGCUGAGCGGUCUGCUGUCGGGCGUCAACGCCCAGGUUGAGCAGAUUAACAGGAACGUCAACCAGCAGGUGUCUCGCAUCAACCAGGACGUCCAGGCUCAAGUGGCUCGAGUCAACGAGGACGUCCAGGCGCAAGUGGCUCGCGCCCAGGAGGCGGCGAAAAAUGCUAAGCCAGGCGAGUACUCGGUGAACCAGGGCAACACGGUGAUAAUCAACGGCAACCGAGGCUACUACCGCACGGUGAAUUCGGGCGUCGACUCCGAGGGCCGGCCUUACUCCAUCGAGAUCGAGGACCGCGUAAAGGAUGGCGUGCUGCGCCACACCGAGCGCAUCUACAACGCGACGACCAAGCGCUAUCAGACCUUCGUCAGCGAGCGCAAGCUCUCCGACCCCCAGGCCGAGCCAAUCUUCAACAACUUCACCACUACGAGUCAGUCCUGAGGAGUAUGCGUCACGACGCAUACCGGAAGAGGGAUGUGUAUACGCCGGCCGGGUACUUUGGGGGUAUAGAUACGACGGCAUUGUUGGAAUUUUCGAGAGGCUGCAGGGCUGCUCAGUGCUGCCGCGCAUUCUUUGGAUGAUUACGCGCCAUGUGACGUUUUCGUGAUUUUUUUUAAAAGUCGUUUUUAUACCUGCGGAGUACUCGACUGAGAGAUAGUUACCGGUUGCUUGUUGAUCGAGCUGUAUGCUACAUAUGUUACAAUGUAUUCUGAAUAAAAUUUUACGAAAAAUUGAAA